UCUCCCGUACUGGGUUUCCUCUAACUGCUCGCAGUCGUUCCAUCUCUCCGUGCUUGGUUUUCGUAGGAGCUUGGAACUCCUGCUCCAGUGGCAGUCAAGGGCUGAAGGUUGAGCUUUUAGCAGAGAGCCCUAGCUGUUGAGUUGGCUUCCCUGUGCGAUGGACCUUUUCUCCUGUCGCUGCGGUCCCCCCCUUCUCGCCCCAGUGUCCCCAUACCCCCCACCCAAGACUCUGGUGUCGGGGACCGUUUCCUCCCGCUCCUGCUCUCCCAGGCGCUACAGGGAGCGCUUUUGGCCCCCAACGUUCUACGGGGCCGUUAACAGUCUCUGAGCAGAAGUCGCUGGAGCAAACGGCUGCCGGGGCGGCCUCUCCCCCGCGGCAGCAGCGCAGCCCGGCGCGGCACCCUCAGCGAGAAGCGAGAAGGGAAUCGCUGCCACAGAGCGGCCCCGAGCGAGCCCGGCCUGUCAGGCGGCGGAGCCCCGCGGGCGGCGGGCCCGGCUGGCGAGCGGGGGCAUGGCGGCGCGGAGCCAGGCCUCCCUGCGGCGCCGGCUGCAGAGCUCGCAGGAGGCGCAGCAACGCCAAGCGGUGCUGGUGCGGAAGCUGCAGGCGAAGGUACUGCAGUACCGGACUCGGUGUCGAGAGUUGGAGCAGCAAGUGCAAGCAGGAGGGGGAUCCCUUCCAGGCAGGUGGGAAGCCAGAGAAGCCCGCGACCGGGAGAAAGCACUGCUUCAGUUGGAAGAGGAGCAUCAAAGGUGUGAGACUCUGGCCGAAGUGAACGCUGUCCUGCAGGAGCACCUAGGUAAAGCGACUGAGGUUAAUUCAGCCCUCAAGGAAGAUGUUGGGAAACUGACGGCGGAUUGGAUGAGGGCCCGGGAGGAGCUGGAAUUGAAGGCGAGCGAACGGCGCAAUGAACGUGAGCUUUAUGACAGCUACUUAAAGGGUGAACGUAACCGCCUACUCAGCCUGUGGCGUCAGGUGGUGACCUUCCGCCGUCACUUCCUGGAGAUGAAGACUGCCACUGACCGAGAUUUGUCAGAGCUGAAGGCCGAGCAAAUGAGGCUUUCUGGAUCUAUACUUGUAAACUGCUCCCGCCUAAACUCCGGCAUGCAGCGCUGGGAGUCCGUCCCUCUGGGUAGACCUGUCCUAAAGGAUCAGGCGCAGCAGCAAGCGGACCAGGAAAGAAGCCAGAGGACUUGGGAAGUGAUGUGCUUACAAGCCAAGGGGGACCCGGAGAAGGAGGAGCUUCAGGACAGACUGAAGGACUUAGCUGCACUUGAAGGAAAACAGUCAUUAUCACAGAGUGAGUUGGUAGUCGCGAGAGAGACACUGGAGGAAUGGCGUCUUCAGAGGGAUCUGCUGAAGCGCGAGAAACAGGAGCUUACAAUGGCCCUGGAAAAGGCAGAGCAGUCAGUAGCAGAGUUGACAGGGGCUCUGAAUAAGCUGCGUGCUGAAGUAGCUGAUCUACAUGUUGGAGCCGCGAAGCUGGAGCAAGAGCACGAUCUUCUGUCAGGUAAAGUGGCCGAGAUGGAGAGAGCAAAGAUCUCUGACCAGGAGAGGCUGAACCUGUGUGAAAGAACAAACGAAGAGCUCUGCGCAGAGAAAGCCCGCCUGGAGCAGCUGCUGAAGAAAGCAGAGGAGCACCAGGAGGGGCUGCAGGCAGAGCUGAGGAUGCUGGCAGAGGAGAAGGCAGAAACCCAAGAUAAACUCAAUGAGGUUUACCGCCAGCAAGAGUCAUCUAGCAGUGGUCUGGAGCAGUUGCGCCAGGAGUCCUCUCGCCAAGGGCAUGCACUGGCCAGGGUGUCCAAAGAGAAGGAGUUGCUGGUGCGUGAGAAGGCUGCCCUAGAGGUGCGACUGGCAGCCGUGGAGCGGGACAGACAAGGCCUUUCAGAGCAGCUGGCAGAGGCCAGGUCAGUGAAGGAGACCCUGGAAUCCAGCCUGUUUGAGGCUCAGCAGCACUCAUCUCAGCUGGAGAUCUCCCGGCAUCAGCUUGAAAUCCAGCUUCACGCAGUCGCGCAGGCCAAGGAGGUGAUCCAAGGGGAAGUGAAGUGCCUUCAAUGUGAGCUGGAAGCGGAGAGAUCUCUAAGGAGGCAGGAACGGGAGCACAUGGCACAACGGCUCUUGCAGACAGAACGGCAGUAUGAGGCUGCCCUCAGACUUCGGCAAACUGAUCAUGAAGCGGAAAUGAACAAGCUCCUGCAAGACCUGGCAAGCGAGUGGGAAGGGCACCAUUCAGAGCUAGAGGAGAUGCUGGAGCGAUGGGAAAAGGAGAAGGCAGAGACAGAAAGGGAGCACGAGAAGAAGCUGUUUGAUAUGAAGCAGAAAGUUGCCACCAUGCAAGCUCAACAAGAGGAGGAACGAACGAGAGUUGAAAAUGCCAAGCAAGAGGCCCCGCCAGAACAGGAGCGUGAGAAGAAGAAUGCUUUCCUAGAGACGCUGCUCCAAACUCGGGGAGAGCUAAGAGAAGCCUGCCAGCAGCUGGAGCAGCUCAGGCAGGAGGUGGAAGAGCGGCGAGAGAAUGGGCAGAACAUCACGGAAAAGCUGCAGGCAGAACUGCAGGAAAGUCAGAGUAAGAUCAAGGCCGUGGAGAAUAGGCACAAGGAAGAAAUGCAAACCGUCACAGAGGAAAUGAACAGCCUUCUUCAGCAGAGGGAUGCUCUACAAAAACAGCAUGAACGGGACAGGCUGCAAGCAGUUAAAGAAAAACUGGUACGAGAGAUGAAACUUCUUCAGGAAUCAGCCACAGCCUCUGAGACCCGAGCAAAUACAGCAACGGAUACGAAUCACUGCCUUGAACAAGAACUUCAGACUGCAUUGUCUGUCUUGAAAAUGAAAACCGAGGAAGUGGAAACGCAGUGGGAGAAAAUGCAGACGCUCCAGAAAGACGCGGCACAGGGAAAAGCUUUGCAGGAGACUCUCCCUCAUCUGACUGCCAUCCUGUCAGAGAGGGAGGGAGAAAUGAAGUUGUACCAGGAAGAGGUGAGAACGCCGGAAGACCAGCAAGCAAUGCAGAAAACUACUCUCGAUCAGGUUAUUAAGGACAUAACAGAGAAAAACCAGAAGAUGGAAUCCCAGCAAGAACGGAUACGGGACCUGGAGAAGCAGCAAGAAAAACAAAGGAUUGCUGUCAGCAAGAUGAGCAAAGAGCUGGAAGAGAGAGGCCUGGAGAUCAGAUCCCAGCAAGAACGGAUACGGGAGCUAGAGAAGCAGCGAGAAAUGCAGAGGACUGCUGUCAGCAAGAUGAGCAAAGAGCUGGAGGAGAGAGACCGGGAGAUCAAAUUCCAGGAGGGGAAAAUAGCGAUUCUAGAACAAGACGGUGCAUCACAAGUGAGAAAUCUGCGGGUGGAUCUUGAUCAUCUGAAAGGAACCUUGGAGGAGAGAAACUUGGAGCUUAUGUCUCUGACUCAGCAGAUCCAAGAACUGGAAAGGGAGAGAGAACAGGUGAAAUCUCUGCACGCAAGCCUCGAACACCUGAGGGCCGCUCUUAAGGACAGAGAGAGCGAGUGUGAUUCUCAAAGGCAUCAGUUAAGACUCUUGCAGCAGUACAAGGAGCAGCAAGAGGGGUACCUGCAAGAGCUUCACGGUAAAGUAGAAAAGAUGACACUUGCUUUGUCUCAAAAAGAUCAAGAGCUUGAGUCACAAGAAAAGCAAAUCCAGGAAGCUGAAGAAGUCACGGAAAUGCAGUUAAGGACUGUCCGUGACCAACUGGAGCAGGCCUUAGAAGCCUUAAAAGAAAAGGACAGACUCAUAGACACCCAAAAGCAACAAACAAGGAGCUACGAGGGAAAACCAGGAGAACAGCUGAAGGUCUUACGCAGAGACUUAGAAGACGCUACGGCAAUACUGAAAGAAAAGCAUUUCAUGGUUGAAUCUCAGAAGGAACGGAUUGCGACCUUCCAAAAAGCAGAACAAGACUCUGGAGAGCAGAAGGAAAUUCUGCAGCAUCUGGAAGCGGCCCUAAAGGAGAAAGAGCAAGAAAUUGUAUCCCUUAGAAAGCCAUGUGAGGCACGCAAGGAACAGGAGGAAAAGCACGGAGCUGAGCAAACAAAUCUUCAAGGGACAAAACUGACUCUGAAAGAAGAGAGAGAAAGAAAGAUAGGGGUUCUGGAGGAGGCUACCUCUAGGCUUGAGACCAAGGCUCAAGGUGAGCAAAAAGAGUUAGAAGAGGAAAUAAGAGCUCUUUGGGAAGAUCUCCAGCACGUUCAGCAGACUCUGGCAAGGAAGGAUGAAGAGAUCGAGUACCAGAGAGACAGAGUCAGGUAUUUCGAGAAGACUCUGUCAGGGAGAGAACAAGAGCUUAGGCGGCAGAGCGAACUCCUGAAACAAUUAACGUCAGCUUUGCGAUGGAAAGAUGAGGGGGAGACCCUACAGAAACAAAUCCAGAAACUCCAGAAAUGGGAGGAAGAGGAAGCCGAGAAGAGGAGGGUUCUCCAGGAGAGAGACCGUUCCUUGCAAAGGCAGAAGGAGCUAACCCAACAACUGGAAGAUGAGCGGAAAGCAAAGGGGGAAGAAUUGGAGCGUGCGAUUGCUAUCUGGAAGCAGACUGAAAGCGGAGAAGUCAAAUGGAAAGAGAAGGCACAAGCACUGACUCUUGCCCUGACCAAGAGUGAAAUGGCCAAUGGGACUCUGAGGGGAGAAAUAGCCGUCCUGCAGAGUAUGGUUUCAGAGAGGGACACGGACUGGUUUCAUCACGAGCAGGCUACUGCAGAAGGGGAGCAGCUCUCCUGGCUCUCAGAGAAGAGACUCCUGUCGCAGCGGCUGGAACGUCUGCAGCGAGCAGUUGCAAAGCUGCAACUCGAGAAGACGGAGCUGAAGCAACUCAACGCUGAGCUCAGGAGGACUCUUGAGCAGGUGGAAUGGGAGCGGAGGAGACUGAAGAGAUAUUGUAGAGGUCGGUCGCUGCCAGAUGCGUGCGGCUUUUCUCUCUCUGACCAGCACAAGGUGCCUGCUUCUCGACAGGAGGAGUCUCACACGUGCUGCAGUUGUCGAUUAGCUGAGUUGCAGAAGCAGGUGUCCCUUCUGCAGACGCAGCUGGCACAGGAACGAAAAUACAAGCAGGACUAUCCUGAGUGCUGUGCAAAGACCAGCCAGGAGCUGUCAGACCUUCACCACGAGCUGUCUUACUCCUUAGCAGCUGUGGUCAGGGAGCCCAAAGCUGCUGUUUUGGAAGCAGAGACUGGGAAGCUGGGUCAGCCUCUGAACCUUCUUUUCCUGUAGAGGAACAGCUGCUGCAUCACAGGGUUCCUGUCCUGUGCCCUUCCCAGGAACGAAUUCUGUUUUGCUGCGGGAAAUGGGGGUGCAUUUGUUCUGUUUGCAUCUGGAAGCAUCUCCUAGUGACAGUGGUUUUAAAUGCGUUUUGGUUUUUUUAAUAAAGGCAAUUUUGCAGGA